UCUAACGUUGUACCCACCACAACCAUACUGACUCAGUGUCUGAAAAACCACAACGCUGAUUAAAAUAAACUCCGUCAUAUCUAGUUUUGAACAAAAACGCGUUUUCUAUGUAGUCGACGGCCGUCUGGACCAGCUGUCUAUCCCGGUUUGAGACCAUCAAAUAUGGACUGGACGGUGAGGAGUCGGACCCGGUUGUGGUGCAUUUUGAUGCUGCUUUGCUGCGCUGGUCUCCCACAAAAGGGGUUUUGCAGUGCCAGCACGGUUUCCCUUCCUGAAAGUCUGCUCUUUGUGUCCACCCUGGAUGGAAACCUGCACGCUGUCAGCAAGAAGUCCGGCUCUAUCAAAUGGACCCUGAAAGAAGAUCCAGUUCUUCAGGUCCCCACACAUGUUGCCGAACCAGCAUUUCUGCCUGAUCCAAAUGAUGGCAGCCUUUACUCUCUGGGAGGGAAGAACAACGAAGGCCUCACGAAACUACCGUUCACAAUUCCUGAGCUGGUCCAAGCGUCUCCGUGUCGCAGCUCUGAUGGCGUCCUUUACACUGGUAAGAAGCAGGACUCCUGGUAUGUGGUGGACUUGUUGACCGGGGAGAAACAGCAGACCCUGACUUCCUCCUUCGCCGAGAUGCUGUGCCCCUCCUCAUCUCUUCUCUAUCUAGGACGCACAGAGUAUACCAUCACCAUGUAUGACACAAAGAGCAGAGAGCUGCGCUGGAAUGCCACCUAUUCUGACUACGCCUCCACCCUUCCUGAUGAUGACACCAAAUACAAGAUGGCCCACUUCGUUUCUAAUGGGGAUGGCCUGGUGGUGACGGUGGACAGUGAAACCGGAGACGUUCAGUGGGUGCAGAAUUAUAACUCUCCAGUGGUGGCCAUUUACAUCUGGCAGCGCGAGGGGCUCCGCAAAGUUUCACACACAAACGUGGCUGUGGAAACUCUGCGCUACCUCACGUUUAUGUCUGGAGAGGUUGGCCGCAUCACUCAGUGGAAAUACCCGUUUCCAGAGGAGAAGAAGCCCAAGAAUAAGUUCAUGGCUACUUUGUAUGUGGGGAAAUACUCCACCAGUCUGUACGCUUCUCCCUCUUUGGUGCACGAUGGAGUCACGGUGGUGCCUCGUGGCAGCACCUUCCCCAUGCUGGAGGGUCCCGACAGCCAGGAGACGGAAGAAGACAAGGAAUGUGUCAUCACGCCCAGCACCAGUGUCAAAUUUAACCCCCCACUCCGAGAGAGAAAUCGGAUCAACUUCAUGAGGAACUACCUGCUCCUCAUAGGUCAUCAUGAGACGCCCCCUGAAGCUCACACCAAGAUCCUGGAGAAGUUUCCUGACAGCUUCCCUCGAAAUCAGGGCAAAAUCAUCCAACCCAACGCUAAGAACAACGUGGAGGAGAAGGUGAAUGACAGUGGCAUGGACGAUGGGCCGCCUUCUCCUCUGCCUGAUACAUCCAUCCAAGACCCCGGGACCAGCGGUCGCCCUGUGCGCCCAGAGGCACCUGUGGACUCCAUGCUCAAAGACAUGGCCACCAUCAUCUUCUCCACUUUCCUCCUGGCUGGCUGGGUGGCCUUUGUGAUCACCUACCCCAAAAGUGUUCACAAGCAGCAGCAGCUGCAGCACCAGGAGUUUCAGAGACAGAUGGAGGAGAGGCUGGAGCUGCUGCAGAGACAGCAGCCUUUCCCCACUGCAGACCUCGGCCUGGGUUUGGCCCCUGACAGCGACUACCUGGAGGUGGCCCGUACUCGCUCUGAGUGCUCAGACCACAGCAGCCCCAACGUCACGCCCCGCGCCUCCAACCACUCCAACCUGUCUGUGUCUGAGCUGGGAAGCUCUGCAAAUGAGCAUGAAGAUGGAGAAGAGGACUCCAUUGUUGUCAGAGUGGGCAACAUAACUUUCCGACCCAAAGAGGUCCUGGGUCAUGGAGCUGAGGGCACGAUUGUGUACAAGGGUCAGUUUGACAACCGUCCCGUGGCUGUGAAGAGGAUUCUCCCAGAGUGCUUCAGCUUUGCAGACCGAGAGGUGCAGCUGCUGAGGGAGUCAGAUGAGCACCCAAAUGUUAUCCGUUAUUUCUGCACCGAGAGGGAUCGUCAGUUUCAGUACAUCGCCAUCGAGCUGUGUGCUGCCUCGCUUCAGGAGUACGUGGAGAAGAAGGAUUUUGACCGCCAUGGACUGGAGCCGGUGAUGCUUCUUCAGCAGACUAUGUCGGGACUGGCCCACCUUCACUCUCUGAACAUUGUUCACAGAGACCUGAAACCUCACAACAUCCUGGUUUCCAUGCCCAACGCCCACGGUCGAGUCCGGGCUAUGAUCUCAGACUUCGGCUUGUGUAAGAAGCUGGCAGUGGGGCGCCACAGUUUCAGCAGGAGGUCCGGCGUGCCGGGCACAGAAGGCUGGAUCGCCCCUGAGGUUCUUAGUGAGGACUGCAAAGAUAACCCAACGUGUGCUGUUGACAUCUUCUCUGCUGGUUGUGUUUUCUACUACGUGGUGUCUCAGGGAAGCCACCCAUAUGGCAAAUCUCUGCAGAGGCAAGCGAACAUCCUGCUAGGAUCACACAACCUGGAUCACCUGCAGACUGACAAACAUGGAGACAUUGUAGCCAGGGAUCUAAUAGAGCAGAUGUUGAGCAUGGAGCCACAGAAGAGGCCUUCAGCUGAGAGCGUUCUCAAACAUCCUUUCUUCUGGAGCCUGGAGAAGGAGCUGCAGUUCUUCCAGGAUGUGAGUGACAGAAUAGAAAAGGAGCCGCUGGACGGACCAAUCGUGAGACAGCUGGAGAGAGGAGGGAGGGCUGUAGUCAAGGGUGACUGGAGGGAGCAUAUCACAGUGCCUCUGCAGACAGAUCUACGGAAAUUCCGCUCCUAUAAAGGUGGAUCUGUCCGAGACCUGCUACGUGCAAUGAGAAACAAGAAACACCAUUACAGAGAGCUGCCUGCAGAGGUACAAGAGACUCUGGGCUCCAUCCCUGAUGAUUUCGUCUCCUACUUCACCUCCCGAUUCCCUCACCUGCUCAUGCACACCUACCUGGCCAUGCGGACAUGUGCAUCAGAGAGGCCAUUCCUGCCUUACUACUCCACCCAGAUGGCAAAAACACAGGCUGAAUACACGCAAAGACAAACUGAGCCCUGCAUUCAACAGGUGCCAACGCAAACAUCACAACCACAGGGACCUGAGCAUGCUCUACAGCCCCUGCAGGUCUCUGACACGAUAACUAAUGGACCAUCGCCCUCACCCUCACCAGAUGAGCCUGUAUCUUCAGAUUUACCUGUUCAGACGGUGGAGCCAGCAGAGUUAACUCUGCCCACACAUAUGAACUCGCAUGGUCACGCAGUGAAACCCACGUCUGCCUCUGAAUCAGAUCCUCUCAGGCACAGAGAAUCCAAUCAGUCAGAAAUGCACACACUGCCACUUCCUUCAGCUCUGGAACAAGAACCAGUGUGAGCUGAAGCAGAGACAGGUGGACCCAGCACAGACGGGGGCAUUGCCUUUGAAGGUGGACACCAUGUGGGGGUCAGCUGCUGCUCUCUGAGCUGGUGAGGACCAGGCCUGCAGUGCCUGGGAUCCACUGCCAGGUGGAGCAGCUGCACUCUCUUUAGUGCCUUCUGCUCACCUGGGAGAUGAUGUCCCCCAACAGAACCGUCCACAAGUCUGCCUCUGCCUCCAGGAAGUCUGAAAAUUAUGUAGCGGGGCUGAGAAAAGACAAUUUUUUUGUAUUUUUUAACAGCAUGUCCAAAAACAGUUUGUCGCUGAAAUAUUCGGCCUCUAUUGUGGGAAACGUGUCUGGAUGUUGUUGAGUAGUUUUAUCGUGCAAUGUUGUAUUUCUCAGUGAGCCUGUUCACUGUGCAGAUGCUGUAUGUAUAUUUUUGUACAGACUGAUUCAGAGUUUGGAUCAUUAAUGUUUAAUCAAUUAACACGGCCUAUGUGCCUUUUUAAAAAAAGAUCUCACUGUGCUGCAUGAGUACAGAUCUUUAAAAUGACUAUGCUAAAUGUGCUUGAUUCCAUUAAUGCUGCUAGAUUGCUUCGCUUUUGUCAAUCAGGGUUAUUGUGCUGACUCGGUAAGAGCGGACGGUUCCAAAGGGCGUUCACUGUGACACCUGAACACAGAAGGGUUUUUUAUUCUCGUGAUUAUGUGGUCAAAUUACAAGGUUGAAAGUCGGCUGCAAAUCUCUCGUGUAUAAAGACUUUUUCAAGGGCGUUAAAGUGAAGUUGAUAACUUGCACAUUAAAUUCUAUUUUUUUUUUAUACUCUAAUUUUGCUUGUUGAGUCAUUACUGCAUUUGAGGAUGGGGCUGGUUCAAAAUUGAAUAUUUAGAUGUGGUCAUUGCUC